AUGUUGCUCGCUGAGGAUCCCGCAACGGUGAGUCUCUCUCUUUCCACGUUGUCUCCUUUCCUCGAAGACCCAAAGGAAGUCGUGAGCCAGAAAAGCAAGGCAGAGGAGGUGCUGACAAAAGAGCGGGAAACGCAGCUCAUCCACCACACCAUCAACAACUUCAACAUCCAGCCGGACAAGCAGGCCGUAGCGCGCGUGCACGAGUCACUCUCGACGCUGCAGCAGGCGCGCGACCUGCGCGUGCGCGACGCCGAGGCCUCGCUGCGCCGCCUCGCGCGCCAGCUCAAGACGCUCGCCGCGCAGCACGACGACGAGGUGCGCGCGGCCGCCGCCGCCGGCGACCACGCGUCGCUCAUCGCCACGCUCGACACGCGCAAGUUCCGCACCGCAAAGGCCGCCUCGGACGCCGAGAUGGAGGCCGAGCGCCUCGCGGGCCAGGCCGCCGACCUCGCCGCGCGCCUGCACGAGCUCGACCUGCAGGGCGUCGAGGGCGCCCCCGGUGCACACGACGCCGCCGCUUCCUCGUCGUCGGCCGUCGACGACGAGGUGUUGCUGCGCCUCAAGGUGUACCGCAGCCUUGGCAUCGACAUUGAGCGCGACGAGCGCGACGGCGAGUGGACGAGGGCCGUGGUGCGCAACGACCGCAAGGGCGACGUGCACGUGGUCAACAUGGACAAGAAGUUUUCGCGCUUCUUUUACGCGAAUUACUUUUGGCAGACGCUGUGA